GGAAUGUCCUAUAGCGUGUGACUUCCUGUGCAGGCUGAGCUAUGUUGGCAGAUAGGGGAGGAGGAGGAGGAGGAGGACAUGGCUGAUCAGUAUGUGAAGCCAGGCAACAAAGAGAGAGGGUGGAACGAUCCCCCCCAGUUCUCCUAUGGCCUACAAGCUCAGCUUGGAAGUGGUAAACGGACACCGCUCAAUAAGAGGGUUCCUGCGCCUUUGCACGGACCUCCGGCAGCUCCUGCUGUGCAAUCCCUUCCUUCUAACACCCCUCCAAAAUGUCCGGCAAGUACAGUCGGCCCUCCGCCCCUAGGACAAGCUGCGUUGCAGAUUAAAAGUGAUGGAGUAAAGUCGUGUUCCAGUCCGACAGAGGUCGAGUGUAACAUCGAUGUAAAAGACGUUAUAACUCCACUGAGCGAAACAUUGGAAGCCUGCAGGGAUGCAAUCAAGAAACAAGUUUUUAAUGAUAUUAGCAAGAGGCUGACCAUGCUAGAAGAAAUGUGGAACAGCGGAAAACUAUCCCCUCCUGUACGCAAGAGAAUGAGCAUCCUGAUAAAAGAGCUGAAAUGCCAGAACUGGGAUUCUGCGGAUGAGAUCCACAGGUCACUUAUGGUGGAUUAUGUGAAUGAAGUCAGCCAGUGGAUGGUCGGAGUUAAGCGCUUAAUUGCAGAAGCAAGGAACUUACCUACGCAUGAAAAGGAUGAGAAGCCAGAAGUCAGUACCGGAGAAGAUGUUAAGCAAGAAAUUUAAAAAGGAACUACUUUUUGCUCCCUAAUAAAUGGCUAUGGUGUUUUAGGUGCACUUUUUUUGUGCUUCUGCUUCUUCCAUUAUGAGGAGGUGGACUACUCCUGCUGAUUCUGUACCCCCUUUCUUCGGUUAUAACUACAGCAUAAAAAAGGAGAGAUUAAUUUAUAAGGCAUGUACUUAUCUUAGCCUUCCAGGAACAAUUACAACAGAAUCUCAGAAAAUGUCUAAAAAAUAGCAUCGAAAUCGAAAUCUAAUCGCUCCUAAAAUAAUAUAGCCAUUUAUUUAAAGGAGAAAAAUCCAUAUUCCAACCUCUUCGAUGAGAUUUGCUGCGAAGCCAUGUUUGGAUUGCUAUGCAAUCUGUAUGUGAUAUCAAAAACUAAUUCCCACAAGAACAAAGUCUAGAGCAAAAUAGUUCUUGUGUUAAAAUAUUAACACUUUUCUGCUCCAGGGCGUGAAAUUAGUUUUUCAUCCUGAUCAGUAUAUGAACUUUUAAAAAGAGUUCUGUUUACAUUUGGAAUCCUCCAGUUGUAUUUUUUCAUGGGGAUUAUAAAAAGAAAAGUGCGAAUGUUUCGUAUUCCUAACAGAACAUUAAAUGUUUUUAAGGUGCUUAUUGAUCAACCAUCUAUUUUUUUCCUGUUUUAAUACGAAUAUUGAAAUAUUGUGUUCUUUUGAAUAAAUUUGGUUACACUUCUGAAAA